GCCGCGGCGACCUGAAGUUCCCGGCUGCCCGUGCGGCGGCGGUGGUUGGGUGGUAAGAUGGCGGCUGUGAGUCUGCGGCUCGGCGACUUGGUGUGGGGGAAACUGGGCCGGUAUCCUCCCUGGCCAGGAAAGAUUGUUAAUCCACCCAAGGACUUGAAGAAACCACGUGGAAAGAAAUGCUUCUUUGUGAAGUUUUUUGGAACAGAAGAUCAUGCCUGGAUCAAAGUGGAACAGCUAAAGCCUUAUCAUGCUCAUAAAGAGGAAAUGAUAAAGAUCAACAAGGGCAAACGGUUCCAGCAAGCCGUGGAUGCUGUUGAAGAGUUCCUCAGGAGAGCCAAAGGGAAAGACCAGACAUCAUCCCACACUUCUGCUGAUGACAAGAAUCGGCGUAAUUCCAGUGAGGAGAGAAGUAGGCCAAACUCAGGUGGUGAGAACGGCAAGCUUAGCCUGUCUGAAGGGAAGGUGAAGAAGAGCACGGGAGAAGGAAAGAAGAGGGGGACUCCAGGCUCUGCAGAGAGAGGCUCCAAGUGCCUUAAAAGAGCCCAAGAGCAAAGUCCCCGGAAGCGGGGUCGGCCCCCAAAGGAUGAGAAGGACCUCACCAUCCCUGAGUCUAGCACUGUAAAGGGGAUGAUGGCCGGACCAAUGGCCGCAUUUAAAUGGCAGCCAACCGCGAGCGAGCCAGUCAAAGAUGCAGAUCCUCAUUUCCAUCAUUUUCUGUUGAGCCAAACAGAGAAGCCAGCUGUCUGUUACCAGGCAAUCACAAAGAAGCUGAAAAUAUGUGAAGAGGAAACUGGUUCCACCUCCAUCCAGGCAGCAGACAGCACAGCCGUGAAUGGCAGCAUCACACCCACAGACAAAAAGAUAGGAUUUUUGGGCCUUGGCUUAAUGGGAAGUGGCAUUGUCUCCAACUUGCUAAAAAUGGGUCACACAGUGACUGUCUGGAACCGGACUGCAGAGAAAUGUGAUUUGUUCAUCCAGGAGGGGGCCCGCCUAGGAAGAACCCCCGCGGAAGUCGUUUCAACUUGUGACAUCACUUUCGCCUGUGUGUCGGAUCCAAAGGCAGCCAAGGACCUGGUGCUGGGCCCCAGUGGUGUGCUGCAAGGGAUCCGCCCUGGGAAGUGCUAUGUGGACAUGUCAACGGUGGAUGCGGAUACAGUCACCGAGCUGGCCCAGGUGAUUGUAUCCAGAGGGGGGCGCUUUCUGGAAGCCCCAGUCUCAGGGAAUCAGCAACUGUCCAAUGACGGGAUGUUGGUGAUCUUAGCAGCUGGAGACAGGGGCUUGUAUGAGGACUGCAGCAGCUGCUUCCAGGCGAUGGGGAAGACUUCCUUCUUUUUAGGUGAAGUUGGCAAUGCAGCCAAGAUGAUGCUGAUUGUGAACAUGGUCCAAGGGAGCUUCAUGGCUACCAUCGCUGAGGGGCUUACACUGGCCCAGGUGACAGGCCAGUCACAGCAAACACUCUUGGACAUCCUCAAUCAGGGACAGUUGGCCAGCAUCUUCCUGGACCAGAAGUGCCAAAAUAUCCUACAAGGAAACUUUAAACCUGACUUCUACCUGAAGUACAUUCAGAAGGAUCUCCGCCUGGCUAUUGCACUGGGUGAUGCCGUCAACCACCCCACCCCCAUGGCAGCUGCAGCCAAUGAGGUAUACAAAAGAGCCAAGGCACUGGACCAGUCUGACAAUGAUAUGUCUGCCGUGUACCGAGCCUACAUACACUAAGCCUUGUCCACCCAUCUACCCCUCCCAUCUUCCCUCUGGCCUCUCCUCCCAGUGUGGGGUCAGGGUUCUGGGACUCAGCUCUGGACCAGUCACCUGUCUCCAUUUCCUUUUAUGCAGACUUGAGACUUGCAUCAGCACAGUAAAGAGCAACAUUCUCCCUCCCUGAGGCCCUGGGCAGGGACUUGAGAAUCUCCACAGUGGCUGUGAAGAAGCUCUUGAGCUGGGCAUUGGCCCUGGAGCAGGAGGCUGUGUAUUCUCUCUCUGUUUCUCCUAUGUUCUCUGUCUCUGUCUCUCUGUCUCUC